AUGCGGCGGUUCAAGGUGGUGAAGCAUGAGCCGCAUUACGGAGAGGAGGAGGCGAGCCAGGAAUGGGGUGCGGCAGUGGUGAUUAAGCGAGAGCAAGGAACGGAGCUCCUGCUCGCGGACCACAAGAGCCGGCUAAAUGCGGCGGAUAUUCUGAAGAUGGCCGUACGGCUCCAAAAGGCAGUUCAACGCUCGAGGGAUCCCCGUGCGUGGAGGGCGUAUACUUAUCUGGCAGCAUACGACCGCGUGAGAGCGGUUUGUACUACCAAAUAUAUCGCUCCGUCCGAAAAGGAGGAGGUCAAGUGUGCAACGCUCAAGCUCUGCGGCUGGGGCGCAGCUCUGGUCCGAUCUUCCAGGAUGAAGGACGUCGCAUCGAGUUUAAGACCAAGGUUCAAGGUCCAGGGACCGAGGGCGCGCCACAACUUUCAGAAGCGUUGCUCCCAAGUUCAAUCUGGGUACCACGCACCGUACUCUGUACACUACGAGAGGGCUUAUGAUACUCCUGAAAACGUGCUGGUCAUGGAGCGUCGGCUGACUGAUCAGGAGAAGCGUUUGAAGGAGUUUCGGGCGCUCGCGGACGAGGAGUUCCGGAUACGUAUAGCUUUCCAGAAUGCUUAUCGUGUCCUGCGGGCUGAGGCGGAGCUAGCUCUCAAAAACAGGGACGCGAAGAAGGAGCAUGAUCGAAUAGAGGAACUGUAUCAGGCACACGGGAAGUACCAAACUCUGUGGAAAGAUUGGCACGACAUUCGUGAAAGACUAGAAGCUUCGCGGGCGUUGAUCUACGACAGUCAGGGAUCCUCUGUAAGCGGUGCUAAAGCGCCAGUGCAUCUCAAGACCUGUUGA